UUGCGAAGAGUGUAUGUGUGUAGGGGGUGCUAUCACGAUGCCUCCUCUCUCUUCCCCAUAUCCCAUUAUCAUUCAUUCCAACCUAAACCUCCAUUGAAAUUUUGCAGGAAAAAAAAAUUCUUUUUCCUUUUCUCCAAAUCAGAAUCAUCUCAAUUCAAUUAUUCAAAUACCUUCGAUUGAUCUCUUUGUUUCAUCAACCCCUGUUUCAGUUUGACCCACUUUUUUCUCAGCCUUUUUAUUUCACUCUUCAUGGCGGUUGCCGGUGGCUGACGUCAACUUCCGUUUCAUCUCGAUUGGUCGAUUCGCAGGUUCCUGAAUGAGGCGAUAAUCGGACUCCGACUGUUGUCCUUCGUUAAUUUUUUGAACUAGGGUUUUAAUUUUGUAAACACGAAGUAUUUGAAUUGUUUAUAUGAUGGAGCCUCGUGUGGGGAAUAAGUUUCGGCUAGGGCGCAAGAUCGGCAGCGGCUCAUUUGGAGAGAUCUAUCUGGGUACAAAUGUUCAGACGAAUGAAGAAGUUGCUAUCAAGCUUGAAAAUAUUAAAACAAAGCACCCGCAAUUGCUAUAUGAAUCGAAGUUGUACAAGAUACUACAGGGAGGAACUGGAAUUCCAAAUGUGAGAUGGUUUGGCGUCGAAGGAGACUACAAUGUUCUCGUUUUGGAUUUAUUGGGACCCAGUCUUGAGGAUUUGUUUAACUUCUGUAGUAGGAAGCUGUCUUUGAAAACCGUUCUUAUGCUUGCUGAUCAGAUGGUCAAUCGUGUUGAGUUUAUUCACUGUAAAUCAUUUCUGCAUCGGGAUAUUAAGCCAGACAACUUUCUUAUGGGUUUAGGAAGGCGUGCUAAUCAGGUCUAUGCCAUUGAUUUUGGGCUAGCCAAGAAAUAUAGGGACUCUUCAACUCAUCGGCACAUUCCUUAUAGAGAGAACAAGAACUUGACGGGAACAGCAAGGUAUGCGAGCAUGAAUACCCACCUUGGAAUUGAACAAAGCAGGAGGGAUGAUCUGGAAUCACUUGGAUAUGUUCUCAUGUACUUCUUAAGAGGAAGUCUUCCGUGGCAGGGACUGAAAGCCGGGAACAAGAAACAAAAGUACGAAAAGAUUAGUGAAAAGAAGGUUUCUACCUCUAUUGAGUCUUUAUGCCGGGGAUAUCCUACAGAGUUUGCAUCAUACUUCCAUUAUUGUCGUUCGUUAAAAUUUGAGGAUAAGCCAGAUUAUGCUUAUCUGAAGAAAAUAUUCCGUGAUCUUUUUAUUCGUGAAGGCUUUCAGUUUGAUUACAUCUUUGAUUGGACUAUCUUGAAGUAUCAGCAAUCACAACUUGCCAAUCCUCCAUCCCGUGCUCUUGGCGCUGGUGUUGGAACAAGUUCUGGUAUCCCUCCCAUGGCUUCUAACCCUAACAGGAUGUCGGGUGGUGAAGACGGUAGGCCUACUGGUUGGUCCUCUGCAAAUCCCUCCCGCCCUAGAAAUGCUGGGAUGCCUUUCAAUUCUGGGAGCCUGUCUAAACAGAAAAAUCCAGCUUCCAGUGAUCCAUCCAUGAGUAGAGAAUUAUCGAGUUCUAAUCUAUUGCAAUCAAGUGGAUCUUCACGGCGACCUGCUGUGUCUAGCAGCCGUGAGGCAGGUGGUGAGCCCGAGCCAUCAUAUGGGCGCACAACAGAUGCGAGCCCGGGUACAGUUGGCCGAGUCACAAGUACAGGCCAAAGGAGCUCACCGGUUGUAUCCUCGGAUCAAAAACGUUCGAUUGGCAGUAAAAACAUAAAGAACUUUGAAUCGACUCUCAAGGGAAUCGAGGGUCUGCAUUUUUAAUGAAGGAUUCAGUCGAGCCACAUAGCUUGUAAAUUUGUUUUUCAAAGUAAAGCACUCGGAUACGAAUCGUGUGUAUGUUUUUCCAGGUCAGAAACCGUCACAAAAACGAACCGGGAUAUGUUUUUCUAUGCCUGUGGAUAUUAACUUCAACGCUUCUGUAACCAUUGUAUGAAUUUUUAUUGAUUCAUCAUCAGACUUGUGUUUUCAAAUCAA